UUUAUCUGAAACGAUUGAAAAAGGGGGCGCCACUAUCAUAUUUCAGCCAUAUUUCUGCCCAGUUUGAAAAAAAUCGUAGAUUCGGGGCUGGGAGACACUUCCCUUUAUUAAAUCGCCUGUCUUUGCUCUUUUUAAAAAUUAAUGAAGCUAUUUUAAAAUUUCGGCUAUGGAUUCUGAUACUGAAAAAGUUGAAAGUUAUGGGGAUCCUAUUUCAAGUAUUGUAACUCAACAGGAAAAUUUGCUAGAUGAAUGGUAUUUGAAAGCAGAGAAAUAUUGGUCUGAAAUUCCUGCAACAGUUGAUGGUGUUUUGGGUGGUUUUGGUUUUAUUUCUCAAAUCGACAUUCAUGAGUCGAAAAAGUUCCUUCAACAAAUUCUUAAAAUGAAAAAUGCUCCAAAGACGGAACAUGCAUUAGACUGUGGUGCUGGCAUUGGUAGAAUAACAAAAUGUCUUUUAAGUCAUGUCUUUGAAAAAGUGGAUUUAGUUGAACAAAACCCUCAAUUUUUGGAGGCAUUUAAAAAUAAUAUAGAGCCAGAGAUAUCUCUAAAAAUUGAAAACAUUUUCUGUUGCGGGCUACAAAAUUUUACACCAAAAGAAGAGUUUUAUGAUGUUAUAUGGAUUCAAUGGGUUUUAGGACAUUUAACAGACACACACUUUGUUAAGUUUUUAACUGAUUGCAGCAAAGGUCUUAAAAGUAAUGGUGUUAUUAUUAUUAAAGAAAAUGUGACAUCUUCAGGUGAUGUCGAGAUAGACAGUGAAGAAUCUUCAGUAACUCGACCACUAUCAGUAUUAAAGGACCUGUUUUCUAAAGCAGGCCUUAACUGCAUAGUAUCAUGUAAACAAAAAAAUUUUCCAAAAGGACUUUACAGUGUUUACAUGUUUGCCCUAAAAUAUAUUUAUUAAAUAAUGAUAAUACUAAAUAAAUUAUUACUUCUAAAAAUAAAA